AUGACCUACCAGGGUUGCUACUCCAACAACAACCCCGUGUCCCUGACUAAUAUGACCUACUCGGACAAUUCCAACACUAUCGACAAGUGCACAGCUGCUUGCAUCUCUGGCGGCAACACCAUCGCCGCUAUGAGCGGCGCGCAAUGCUUCUGCGGCAGCAGCCUCUCAUUCUCGGCCCGACUUGUCAUCGACACCUCAUGCCCUGUGCAAUGUCCCGGCAACUCCAACCAGCGAUGUGGUGGCUUCCAACGCAUCUCCUUGUUCUCCACCAAUGGCGCUCCCUCCGUCGACCCAACACCGUCUCAGCCACCGACCAUUGGCAACUACAGUUACCAGGGGUGUUUGGCCGAGCCCGCCGGCACUCAUGUCUUGAACGCACUCUCCACCAGCUCUUCCACCAUGAGCUUGGAGUCCUGCGCUGCAUACUGUUCCAGCUAUAAGUACUUCGGCACCGAAUUUGCGAGGGAGUGUUACUGCGGUAACAGCAUUGCUGGUGGCAAUGUGACCGAUGUGGGUGACUGCAACAUGAUCUGCACGGGCAACAAAUCCGAAUUCUGUGGUGCUGGCAACCGCCUCUCAUAUUAC